GCCUGAUGAUGGCCAAUAGAGUUGGCUGAAAACGUUAGCUUUUCAUUAAAAGUUUUCUCAGCAAAUUAAGGUGUUGUGUUUUUUUGAGUAAAAAAAUGUACUGAGCACUACAUUUUGUUUUACUACAUACUGGUAGUUGCUCAGCAAAAAUAUCGAUUGCCUUUACGUUAGAACCAUCCCAUGGUAAGAUAAUACCCAUCGAGAGUUUAGCCAGACCUAUAAUGAGGCAUUCGGAAGAUGAGAGUAGAAUUCAUGUCGAGGACAGACCAUUCCUUGAAAAGUUUCUGGUUUCCCGGAGUGGUGAUGCUGACGACUAACCUCCUCUGGAUCGUCAAUAACAAUCCGGACAGCUGGAUACUGAGAUGGCCAAAUUUAAAACUUUAAGGUUAAUAUUAUUCACCAUUAUUUUCCUGAUACUGUUGUAUUCAAAAUUUGAAUAUUAUUUCAUCAGUAACACAUUCAUUUCAAAAGAAGAUAAGUUGAGAAUAUUACAUAUUGAAGAACAAUUAGAAGAGAAUAUUUCACUUUCUUCUUCCAAAACUUCAUCGAAUUCUUUAAAAGAAUCUUCUACCAAAAGUUUCCAUAUCUCCAAGCUUCAAAAGAACUCGCCUGUUCUUGUAAAAGAUAACGUGACAAGAAUAUUAUUAAUUACUUUCCUUCGAGGAGGUUCAACGUUUUUAGGAGAUCUUACACAACAAAAUCCUAAAACCUUUUAUUAUUAUGAACCUUUACAUUUUUGGGGGUUGAGAAGGAAAUUUGACAGUUAUGAAACGUCUGAAGCUUUCAAUACUCUAUCGCAUCUUUUUCGUUGUCAAUUUAACGAAAAAAUUGAAUAUAACCGGUAUUUACCUAAACAUUCUUUCAUUUUCAUUCGAAAUAAAUACUUAAUGUCAAAUUGUAAAAAUUCAGUUUUGUGUCGCGAUAUCAAAUAUCAUUAUAAGAUUUGCAGUCAAUCACAGUCAAUACUCAUGAAAGUGGCGAGACUUAACUUGAAAGAUGCUUUAGUUUUUCUUAAACAAAAUUCUGAUUUAGAUAUCAAAUUGGUGUAUUUGAGCCGCGAUCCCAGAGCUAUCCUUAAUUCUCGAAAACAAACGAAAUGGUGUAGAAAUGUGACGUGUAACACACCCUUUUUCCUAUGUAACGAAAUGCGAAGUGAUUUGGAAGCUUUAAACACCUCCAAUAUGUCUUUUCAUUGGAUAAGAUACGAAGAUUUAGCUUUAGAUCCAGAGAACAUGGCUAGAAAUCUUUACAAAUGGUUAUCCAUUCCCUUCACGUCCGAAGCUGCAAGAUUUGUGCAAACACACACAAAUAGACAACCCAAAACAAAAAUAUUCUAUUCCACAUAUAGAAACUCCUCGAUCGCUCCUUUCCAAUGGAUCCAUCAUUUAUCUUUCAAGGAAAUCGAACGCAUCCAAAAGGAAUGUGGUGACGUUAUGUAUAAAUUAGGAUACAAAAUGAUUGAUAAUUCCACGUAUUAUAUUUAUAAUUCACAAGAAUUUGUUAAUUAUGACAAGAAUACUUUUUAUUGAAAAUUAUUGAUAUUAGAAGGACUUUUUAAGUGCCGAAAAACGUGAUCACCAGACAAACAAAAAAUUUAUCCUUUUCUAUCGAAUAUAGCAAUUUCACCAAUAAAAUGUUUAUAAAUAAUCACUUAUAGAAUAAUAAAUAUAACGACAUGUUUUUAAUAACUAAAUGUUACGUAAUUUCUCAAACCUAUUAUUAGAAAGAAUUCCUUUGAAUUUUAAAAAAAGUCCUUUUCCGAUUGUUACUAAAAUCCUUUUAUGAGUUUGGAGUUAUCGUGUUUCCUCUGAUAAAUAAUGCAACAUUUAUCAGUGAGUGAUUUUAAAACAUUAACUGCUUAUUAAGAAUUUUCAAUAUUCAGAAAUAAAUAGCGGA